AUGGAUCAGAAGGCCUCGGGCGCGCGCAAACGGGCGCGGGAGGCCGUGGAAGUCGACGCGCCGGCCGCCGAGCCUCCGCUGACAAGUGCGCCGGCCCGCCAACCGGAUGGUCCGCCAACAUCCCAAUGGCGGGAGCCGACCGGCGGGCAGGGCUGCGAGGUGAAGAGGGCGGAUGACUUGCGAGCGAGAUGGGUGACAACACAAGAAGAGAAUGGCCUGAUGAAGGUGCACAUACUCGCACUCUUGCAGAAUUCCCAGAAAGGAGGAAACGAUUCUCAAAAGGCCAUCGAAGACGAAUGCCACAUCCUGAAGGCAGAGCUGAAGCGCGCCAGGGAGAGUUUGAAAAAGGCAAAGGCGGUAAGGGGCUUCUGGCGGGAACUCUCAUGGGAUGUUGCAGCUGUUGUGCUUUUCACUCAGCGAUGA